GUUACCCUUGCCCUCUUGGGGGGCUCUCUCACCCUGUCCCGCACAGCCUACCCACCCUCCCCCUCAAAACCUGGAUUCGACUACAGAAUUGCCCCACCGGUGGCAGCUGCACCCCGGGUUCCUUCUCCACCCUUUCUUUUUAGGCCUGGGAUCCUCCUCUGCUUUUUGGCUUCCUCUUUUAACUCCUCCCCUUGCCCCGGGGAUUCCUCCUCCCUCACUUUUAUCCCUGUUGCCUCCGUCCCGAAAUUAUUUUCUUAAACCCUUCCGUAUCAGGAUGCCUUCUAUAAUGUCCAUCCUUGCUUGUCCUUCCUCGUCGCCUGUGCUCCUGCCUCAAACCUUUCCUAUAGACCCCUCCUUUAUCCUUUUUCCUCUUUUACCCCUUUGCUCCGAGGUCUCUGUGCAACCCUAGCACUGGGUUCCCAUUUCCCUCAGCUAAAGAUGUGGCCCUUUCUUCUUCUGCUUCUUCUGAUUCUAUUACUUUACUGCCACCCACCCACCCAGCGACUCUUGGUUUCCAAAAGUUACCUAUCCCCCUCUCCUUAAGGGAUUUAAUGCUCUCAGCAUCAUUCCCACAGUACUGUUAGCAUUCUGCUUUGACCAUAAUCCUCACCCUUCUUCUCCGGAAUGCUAUCUGAUCCCUGUAACUUUAUUUAGUUUCUCUUCCCCCUUUUCAAUCCCCCAGCCUCUGGAGGUUUGUUUCUGAGGGGAAUAAAAGAUCUGACAGUGCCCCUGCCCAUUCAGGAUUUCUAACUUUUGACACCUUCUCCCUAGAGUUUCAGAGAUUUUGCCUGAUCUUGUGACAUUUGGUUCUGUUUUCCCUUUGGUCUCUAUGUCUUCUCUUUCACACUCUUUAUCUCCACAUACCAGUUAUUUCAGGAUCAGCUAAACCUUGAACUAAGAAGAAAAUGUAUUGGGAAGAGGGGGAGCCUCAGCUGUCUCAGGCUUUUCUGGACAGAAGGGUGAUUCUGAAGGAUGGAGCAAAUUUUGAAGAAGUCUAUCAGAUUACACUUUGUUGACUACUCAGGAGCAACCACUGGCAGGGAUGAACAGGCCUGGAAACUGAAUGAGCAGGGGCUCCCAGAGCUGGCUUGGGCUGUCUGGCUGGAAUCUGCUUAUACCAGCUCCAUGGCCCUGUGCAGAGAGCUCUCAGCCUGAUUCAAUAUUGAUUUAACUACCCUGAGACCACUGCCCUCCCUACCCUUCUGCUGGCAGCUUGAGAAUGCCCUCUCCCUUGAUGCCGCCACCCCCUGGGGCCUCGGCUUGGAAGCUCGAAGUCUGGCUGUGGCCAUGGGAGACAAUGAGCCCACUCCUAGCCCACCAGGGAAUAAUGGGGGCUCCUUGCUAAGUGUCAUCACGGAGGGGGUCGGGGAACUAUCAGUGAUUGACCCUGAGGUGGCCCAGAAGGCCUGCCAGGAAGUGCUGGAGAAAGUGAAGCUUUUGCAUGGAGGCGUGGCCGUCUCUAGCAGAGGCACCCCGCUGGAGUUGGUCAAUGGGGAUGGUGUGGACAGUGAGAUCCAUUGCCUGGAUGAAACACCUACCCAGAUAAGGGAGGAGGAAGAUGAGAUGGGGGCCACUAUGGCCUCGGGCACAGCGAAAGGAUCAAGAAGGCGGCGACAGAACAACUCAGCCAAACAGUCUUGGCUGCUGAGGCUGUUCGAGUCAAAACUAUUUGACAUCUCCAUGGCCAUUUCAUAUCUGUAUAACUCCAAGGAGCCUGGAGUGCAAGCCUACAUCGGCAACCGGCUCUUCUGCUUUCGCAAUGAGGACGUGGACUUUUAUCUGCCCCAGUUGCUUAACAUGUACAUCCACAUGGAUGAGGACGUGGGUGAUGCCAUCAAGCCCUACAUAGUCCAUCGCUGCCGCCAGAGCAUUAACUUUUCCCUCCAGUGUGCCCUGUUGCUCGGGGCUUACUCUUCAGACAUGCACAUUUCCACUCAACGACACUCCCGUGGGACCAAGCUGCGGAAGCUGAUCCUCUCAGAUGAGCUGAAGCCAGCUCACCGAAAGAGGGAGCUGCCCUCCCUGAGCCCAGCCCCUGACACAGGGCUGUCUCCUUCUAAAAGGACUCACCAGCGCUCUAAAUCAGACGCCACCGCCAGCAUAAGUCUCAGCAGCAACCUGAAACGAACAGCCAGCAACCCUAAAGUGGAGAAUGAGGAUGAGGAGCUCUCCUCCAGCACCGAGAGUAUUGAUAAUUCAUUCAGUUCCCCCGUCAGACUGGCUCCUGAGCGAGAGUUCAUCAAGUCGCUGAUGGCGAUCGGCAAGCGGCUGGCCACGCUCCCCACCAAGGAGCAGAAGACACAGCGGCUGAUCUCAGAGCUCUCCCUGCUGAACCAUAAGCUCCCUGCCCGAGUCUGGCUGCCCACGGCCGGCUUUGACCACCACGUGGUCCGCGUGCCCCACACCCAGGCUGUUGUCCUCAACUCCAAGGACAAGGCUCCCUACCUGAUCUAUGUGGAAGUCCUUGAAUGUGAAAACUUUGACACCACCAGUGUCCCCGCCCGGAUCCCCGAGAACCGAAUUCGGAGCACACGCUCUGUGGAGAACCUACCUGAAUGUGGUAUCACCCAUGAGCAACGGGCAGGGAGCUUCAGCACCGUACCCAACUAUGACAACGAUGAUGAGGCCUGGUCAGUGGACGACAUAGGCGAGCUGCAGGUGGAGCUCCCUGAAGUUCACACCAACAGCUGUGACAACAUCUCCCAGUUCUCUGUGGACAGCAUCACCAGCCAGGAGAGCAAGGAGCCCGUGUUCAUUGCAGCAGGGGACAUCCGACGGCGCCUUUCAGAACAGCUGGCUCACACCCCCACGGCCUUCAGACGAGACCCAGAAGACCCCUCUGCAGUUGCUCUCAAAGAGCCCUGGCAGGAGAAAGUGCGGCGGAUCCGAGAGGGAUCCCCCUAUGGUCAUCUCCCUAAUUGGCGGCUCCUGUCAGUCAUCGUCAAGUGUGGGGAUGACCUUCGGCAGGAACUGCUGGCCUUCCAGGUGUUGAAGCAACUGCAGUCCAUUUGGGAACAGGAGCGAGUACCCCUUUGGAUCAAGCCAUACAAGAUUCUUGUGAUUUCGGCCGACAGCGGCAUGAUUGAACCAGUGGUCAACGCUGUGUCCAUCCACCAGGUGAAGAAACAGUCGCAGCUCUCCCUGCUUGAUUACUUCCUACAGGAGCACGGCAGCUACACCACCGAGGCCUUCCUCAGUGCCCAGCGCAAUUUCGUACAAAGCUGCGCUGGCUACUGCUUAGUCUGCUACCUGCUGCAAGUCAAGGACAGACACAAUGGGAACAUCCUUUUGGACGCAGAAGGCCACAUCAUCCACAUCGACUUUGGCUUUAUCCUGUCCAGCUCACCCCGAAACCUGGGGUUUGAGACGUCAGCCUUUAAGCUGACCACAGAGUUUGUGGACGUGAUGGGUGGCCUGGAUGGGGACAUGUUCAACUACUACAAGAUGCUGAUGCUGCAGGGGCUGAUUGCUGCUCGAAAACACAUGGAUAAAGUGGUGCAGAUUGUGGAGAUCAUGCAGCAAGGUUCUCAGCUUCCUUGCUUCCAUGGCUCCAGCACCAUCCGUAACCUCAAAGAGAGGUUCCACAUGAGCAUGACCGAGGAGCAGCUCCAGCUGCUAGUAGAGCAGAUGGUGGAUGGCAGCAUGCGGUCUAUCACCACCAAACUCUACGAUGGCUUCCAGUACCUCACCAAUGGCAUCAUGUGACACUCUCCUUCUUGGGCCCAGGAGUGGUGGGAGAUCCAAGGGACCCUCCGUAGGAGGGCCCUUGUCUGAUAAACUCCAAACCAGGAAACCCCACUCACCCAACCAUCCACCCAAGGGAAACGGAAGGCAAGAGAUACAAAGGAUCAUGUGGUAACUGCAAGAGCUUGCGGGGGCGGGGGGAGGUGGGGGUGGGAGAGCCAGCCGUGGAGGUCCAGAGUGCUGGGACUCCCUGCCCCCCAGCUGUGUCAGUAUUACCACCUGACAGACUCUACGACUUACUGUCCGCCGAGAACAGAGGUGAUGACGGUGGGGGACACUGGGGCCUUUUCCCUCACCAGGGUCUGAGGGGUUCUAUCCACAGGCCAUCCUCUUAAUCUGCUCUGGGUCCCAGGAAGUGAGGGAAAGAGAGCAGGUUCUUGGUACUUAGGACUUGAUCCUGUGGUUGGCCUUUGGCCAUGCUGCUGCCCGACUGUGCCCUCCCAGGGACUGAUCCCUAGCUCAUGUUCCCCUUGCUAGGUGGGCUCUGGCAUGGAGUUGUGCACUUGCUGAGGUUUCCCAUCCCGGGGGCGAGGAAGGGAAGACCAUAGCCCCUCCAACGUGAGGGUCUGGCCUAGCCACGGGGAAUCCCUUCUCUGAUCCCUUCCCCAUACCCAGGGAAAUAGCUCUCAAUUUUUUAUUUUUAAUUUUUGUUUGAAAUAAAGUCCUUAGUUA